GAGGCUGCAGGUCAGGAGUGUGUGAGUGUGAGUUGAGCUCAGUGUUUUGAUGAGAUAAUUAAGUUUUUUAGGUGAUAACAGCAGAAUUUACUCCUUAAGAAUGCGAUUAUCGGUGCUGAUAGAUCCUCCAGGCCUAUAUAACGGCAGUCCGGGGCUGAGGGUCAGACUGAGUGUGGGAGCUGCCUGAGGAGGAUCAGAGUCUGACUGAACCGACCGAGGCCACAGAGCGACAUGUCCCGCCUGAUCCCCGCGCUGCUCGGCGGGCUGCUGGUGAGCGCCAGCCCGGAGCAGAGCGCCUUCCUCGGGGACAUCCUGCAGGUUUACGGCCAGAACGGCUUACUGGAUCACAGCGGCGUUAACAGCCUGCUGGAGACCAUCACUCAGGAGAAACAAGCGGAGCAACAGCAGACUGUACAAGCCCAGUGUAUUUCUGGGGAGGACAUCCUCACGCUCUAUGGCCUCAGUAACCUCACACACCUAAACCAGGACAACCUGAGGACCAUCUGCCCCGCCCUGCUGAACCAGGCGCUGCUGCCCACCUGCACUCCACUGGCAGCCCAGCCCCAAGCUCUGGUACAGGACCAUGUUUGGGGAUAUGGGUUUCUGGCCGUCACAAUCAUCAACCUGUUCUCUUUGCUGGGUCUGCUCCUCAUCCCACUCACCAAGAAACCCUACUUCCCUAAAGUUCUCACUUACUUUAUUGGCCUGGCUAUUGGAACGCUGUUCUCCAAUGCGGCGCUGCAGCUUAUACCCGAGGCUCUGGGGUUUGACCCGAAAGCAGAUAACUACAUCCUGAAAGCCGUGGGGAUCUUCGGUGGAUUCUACCUGCUCUUCUUCACAGAGAAAGUCCUGAAGAUGGUCCUAAAAACAGAACACGAGCACGGUCACAGUCACUUCAGCCCCCCGGAGGUUCCUCGGCAGAACGGUGGAACCAUCAUCGCCGUCACCAGCUUCAGUAACCCCAGCAGUGAGAAGACCAGCAUAGCCUCAGAUCCUCCAGAAGAUCAGUUAACAGCGGACCCUCAGGUGUCGUGUAUGCGGCGGGUGGGUCAGCACUUGGCCAGUGUGAGGACGGUGGCGUGGAUGAUCACGCUGAGCGACGCCCUGCAUAACUUCAUAGACGGACUGGCCAUCGGAGCCUCCUUCACCGUCUCCAUCCUCACCGGCUUCAGCACCUCCAUCGCCAUCGUCUGUGAGGAGUUUCCCCAUGAGCUCGGUGAUUUUGUGAUUUUGCUGAAUGCUGGGAUGACCGUCCCGCAGGCUAUCUUCUUUAACCUGCUGUCAGCGAUGUCCUGCUACAUCGGGCUGGUGUUGGGGAUCCUGCUCGGCAGCACCUUCGCUCCCAACAUCAUCUUCGCCAUCGCUGGAGGAAUGUUCCUCUAUAUAGCUCUCGCAGACAUGUUCCCAGAGAUGAACGCCAUUGCCAAAGAAGCGUCGACGAGAACGAGGACACAGUUGGUGUUCUUCAUCAUCCAGAACGCCGGGCUGCUCUCAGGGUUCGCCAUCAUCUUCCUCAUCACCAUGUUCGCUGGGGAUAUUAACCUGGGCUGAGCAUCACCAUCAUCAUCAUCAUCAUCAAUCUGCUGAUUAAAACACAAGUGCCUUAACUCUUACUGUGAGCCAACGGACACUUCAACACUUCAGCAGAACCCGGCCCGGGGAACCGAGGAACCGGAAGAGAUAGUCUAGAACUGAUGAUAAACUAACACCAACACUGAUUAUAACACUGUGUAUAAACUGAUGUUUUUAAAUCCUCAGAAUAAAUGUAUUUUAUAUAUUCACACA